GUUAAAGGAAGGUUUGGAGAGAGAAAAGCUAACGGGGAUGUAAAGACAGCAGGUCAAACAGCGACAGGAUGAGGAGAAGAAGAAAAACACAUGAACAUGGAUGCUGAGUUCAGCCCCGAUGUUCAGAUGGACAGAUUAGAUGUCGUGCAAACAUUGGUGCUAAAGGAAGAGGUGCCUCAAGAGCAGAUUCCUGGUGAUGACCAGCAGGACCAAGAGCACCUUCACAUCAAGGAGAAACGGGAGGAAUUCUGGACCAGUCUGAAGGAGGAGACUAGCACCAGGUUUCCACUAACUGUAGUUCUUGUGAAGAGUGAAGAUGAUGAAGAUAAACCUCUGUUCUCACAGGUUCAUCAGCACCAACUAGAACACAGAGACCUUUCACCCAGCAACUCAACUGACCAGAUGAAAGCAAAAACUGAUGAGGACUGUGGAGGAGCAGAGUCCAGCAGGAACCCAGAUCUGUGUGCUCGAGCAGAACUUGCUAGCUCAUCAGAGACUGAAGUCAGUGAUGAUCAAGAGAGGGAGGAGGAUGAUCUGAACCACCCAGAAUCUCAGCUGGAACACUUGUCAGACUCUUGGUCCAAAACUGAAGAGCGUGAGAAUGAGUGGAAGGCCGAGCAAGUCAACAAAUCUAGCUGCUCUGAAUGUGAUAAACUAGUUAACAAGUGCUCCCUUCAGAGACACAUAAGGGGCAGGUCCAAAAAAAGAUCUACAAGCUGUUUGGUUAAUAAGGAAGGUUCCAGAGAGAAAGACCUGACAAGUCUAAAAUGUUUGAGCUGUGAUGACUGCGGAAAGUGUUUUAACACACAGAAGUAUUUAAACAUACACAUGAGAAUCCAUGGAGAUAAAGCAGUUGUUUGUGACGUAUGUGGCCAAAGAUUUAACCUUAAAUCAUAUUUAAACACCCACAUGAGAAUCCACAAAGGAGAGAAACCUUUUGGUUGUGAUGACUGUGGGCAGAAGUUUGGGUAUAAAUCAGCUUUAAAGAGACACAUGAAAAUCCACACAGGGCAGAUACAAAUUGGGUGUGAUGUUUGUGGACAAACCUUUAGUUAUAGGUCAGCUUUAAACCGACACAUGAGAAUCCACACUAUGGAAAAAGCAUUUGUUUGUGACGUAUGUGGCCGAAGUUUUCAUCAAAAGUCCUAUUUGGACAUACACAUGAGAAUCCACACUGGUGAGAAACCAUUUGGUUGUGAAACCUGUGGACAAAGGUUUUCAGACAAGUCGCAUUUUAACUUGCACAUGAGAACCCACACAGGAGAGAAACCCUUUCUCUGCAAUGCUUGUGGACAGAGGUUUAGCGUGAAGUCCAACUUAAACAAGCACCUGAGGAUCCACACAGGUGUCAAACCAUUUAGCUGUCAAAUUUGUGGACAUAAAUUUCACCAAAAAUCAAAUUUAAACAAACACAUCAGAAUCCACACAGGAAACCAACAAUUUAGUUGUGUUGCUUGCGGACAAAGAUGUAGUGAUAAGUCCGCUUUAAACAUACACAUGGUAAUUCACACAGGCGAGAAACCCUUUAGUUGUAGUCUAUGUGGACAAAGGUUUAGCGUGAAGUCAAACUUAAAUAAACACAUGAAGAUUCACACAGGAGACAAACCAUUUGGUUGUCAUGUUUGUGGUCAAAAAUUUCCCCAAAAGUCAAAUUUAAACAAACACAUGAGAAUCCACACAGGAGACAAACCCUUCGCUUGUGAUGUUUGUAGCCGGAGAUUUAACCAAAAGUCAGCUUUAAACAGACACAUGAGAAUCCACACAGGAGACAAACCCUUCGCUUGUGAUGUUUGUAGCUGGAGAUUUAACCAAAAGUCAGCUUUAAACAGACACAUGAGAAUCCACACAGGAGGGGGAACUGUUUAGAUGUGGAUUUAAAGACAACUGUGGAAGUAAAACACGGCUAUCUACUCCUACAUCCUUGAAAAUUGGUAUUAAUGUUUGUAAAGCGCAAUUACUUUAACUUUAAAUAUUCAAAACUUUGGAAUGAAAUAAUUUGCGUUAAAUGUCUAAUCUGGUUUUUAGGAAAUGCAAAAAGGGUAGAGUGGCCCUCUAAAGGCUGGCCCCCAAGGCUGACUCAAGGGACUUUGUUCCAGUACUUCCCAGCCUUGAGAGACGGGGGUGAACUCGGAACGGAGGAGAGACCCAGCUGACAUUCUUUGCUGGUCACUGAGACAGUCGGCAACAAAAUAAGUCUUGUCUUUUAUAUUUGUCCAGUUUGUGACCAUCUCUCAUCAGUGAAUGCCUAAAAUAAUAGAUUUGCAUGUUUUUUGUUUUAAUUAAAUUGUCACUUUAAAUCAA